AUGCACCGGCUACAUUUCACGCCUUAUGGACGUUAUUUUGUCCGACUUGAAAUGGCGCUGUUGCCUAGACGAUUGCGUCAAAGUAAUCUAACUCUUAAAGCAUCUAAAUGUCAUUUUUGCCACAGAGAGCUCAAAUAUUUAGGACACAUAGUUCGUACCAAGGGUAUACGACCUGAUCCAGAAAAAUUAAAAGCUGCACAUGAUUUCCCUGUUCCGUACAAAGCCAAAGGUGUCCGCUCAUUUCUUGGAUUAACCGGUUAUUAUCGUCGGUUUAUCCAAGACUAUGCAACUAUAGCUGAGCCUCUUUUGCAAUUAAUUCGUGCUAAGCGUUCACCUGUUUUCGUCUGGAUACCAGAAUGUCAGGAUUCUUUCGAUGAGUUAAAACACAAACUCAUAACUAGUCCCAUAAUCUCAUAUCCAGACUUCAAUCAUCCAUUUAUAUUACAACAGGAUGCGUCCGAUUAUGGAUUAGGAGCUGUGUUAGCCCAGAAAGUUCCUCCGGAUGGAGAGGAACAUGUAAUCGCUUACGCUAGCCGCACGUUAAACGAAUCGGAACGUAAAUAUUCCGCUACGGAA